AUGGUGUGUAAACUCAAUUUCUCUCUUAUCCGGCAAGACCAGCCGAGCACGCAGCGCUAUUUUGAGCCCAUAUGGGCUACGCUCAUCGCGACCUGUGCUCCCGGACAGUUGGAUCAAAUGUUGCAGGAAGACAAGAAUGAAGCGUUAAAGAAGGCUCUGUUUCGUGGUGAUGUGUCAUUAAUUGAAGAACUCUUAAACUCCGGUAUAAGCAUAGAAUCUAGCUUUCAGUUUGGAUGGACUCCCCUGAUGUGUGCUGCCAGUGUGGCUGAUUUUGCAGUAGUGCGUCUUCUUCUGGACAGAGGUGCUAAUGCAUGUUUUGAAAUAGAUAAGUACACUGUGCUGAUGGCAGCAUGUACUGCGCAUGCUUCAGAAGAAAACAUCUUGAAGACUGUAGAACUGCUUCUAUCAAGGAAUGCUGACCCUAACUUUACUUGCAGGAGACAAAUGACUCCACUGAUGUAUGCAGCGAGAAAAGGCUAUCCUCAGGUUGUUGCUCUACUUGUUGCUCAUGGUUCACACAUAAACGCCCAAGAUGAAAAUGGAUAUUCAGCAUUAAUAUGGGCAGCACAGCACGGACAUAAAAGUGUAAUUUUUAAGUUGCUUGAGCUGGGAGCUGACAAAAAUCUACAGACUAAGGAUGAGAAAACAGCAGCAGAGCUAGCAAAAAUCAAUAAACAUUCAGAGAUUUAUAGUUUACUCUCUUUGGCUGCAAAUCACUUGCAAGGGAAAUACCAUGAAACGAUUAAGCAAGAGGCUAUCUACAAAUUUCUGACAGCUGUCCCUGACCACAGAGUUGGUUCCUAUUCAGCUUUUGAUGACAUGGAAGUGUUUUUACAUGGUCUUGGUCUAGAACACAUAAUAGGAUUAUUGAAGGAAAGAGAUAUAGCUUUAAGACAACUUCUGAUCAUGCAAAAAGAUGAGUUAAUACAG